UUUGUUUUAAUUAUAAAAAUGUUUUCUCUUGAAGAAACUGCAUUCAUAAGUAAUUUAGUUGGAUUUAUUUACUGAGAUGUAUUCAUAAACAAAUAUUUGAAUUCAUUUUGUUAUUAUAAGUUAAUAAAAAUCAUAUACGAAUCUGUGGGAACAAAAAUGAUAUUUUUUCCUCAAAGUGAGCACAACAGUUCUUAUCUUAAAACAUGAUUCGACCUCUGGCUACAGAUCCACAGACACAGGAAGGAUUCAAUGAAGAAUUUAGGUACAAAGAGGUGAAGAGUGUGACAUUUAUAAAAGCCGUGAAAACAAAGUCAGACUGGAGUAUAAAAACUGUACUGUUAUCAUUGUUCCCCAUUUUUGCAUGGCUGCCCGCAUACAACUGCAAGGCAGAUUUUGUGUCAGAUUUGUUGAGUGGGUUUACAGUUGCGGUGAUGCAUUUACCUCAAGGAAUGGCUUAUGCAACUUUAGCACAUGUGAACCCUAUCGUCGGUAUAUACAUGGCUGUGUUCCCCACCUUACCUUAUGUUGUAAUGGGAACUUCCAAACAUAUAUCUCUCGGCUCAUUUUCCAUAACAUGUGUAAUGGCUGCAAGACCAAUCAUGGAAUACUCAACGUUGGUAAGAGAUAACGUCACCGAUGGCAUUUUUGACGUGAGUGAAGAUGAUUUUGGAUUCUCCCCAAUAGAAGUAGCGUCAAUGCUAUGUGUUUCUGUGGGGACAUUUCAAGUGCUCCUCGGAAUCAUCAAAGCGGGGCAUUUAAGUGUGUUUCUGUCAAAGCCGAUCAUUAGCGGAUUCACGACAGGAGCUGCGGUUCUUGUCCUGGUUACUCAGCUACCACAUGUUUUAGGUGUCAAACCAAAGCAACAUUUUGGUAUUUUAAGUGCGGCCUACGAAGUUUACGAACUGACAGGACGACUCGCAGAAACAAAUUUGGUGGCAUUGGCGAUAUCACUUUUGGUUGUUCUCUGCCUUUUAGUCUGCACCGACUGCGUAGAACCGUGGCUAAACUGGAAGUACAAGCUGCCAGGGGAACUGUUUGUUGUGAUUUGCGGUACCUUGGUUUCAUUUUUGUUUGAUUUGAAAAAUAAUUAUAACAUUAAUGUUGUUGGAAAAAUUCCGGAUGGAAUCCCGGGUCCCAAGAUUCCUCAGUUUCGACUGAUAAUGGAUCCGCACUUCUUGUUUCAUAGUUUUGCCAUCGCUGCAGUUUGUUUUGCGGUUAGCAUUUCAAUGGCAACUACUUUCGCCACAAAGGAACACUACAGUAUAGAUUCAAACCAGGAACUGUAUGCCUAUGGGGUGGGGAACAUUUUCGGAGGAUUUUUCCCCUGCCUCCCGAUGGCGGCUUCGCUCACAAGGAGUGUGAUCCAGUACUCGACCGGUGGACAAACUCAACUUGUCACGGUUUUCUCCUCCGUAUGCUUAAUACUCAUAAUGGUUUUAAUCAAAUGUUUGGAUCCUCUUCCAUACUGUGUUUUGGGUGGUUUAGUGAUCAAAUCUUUGAAAACCACAUUACUACAAGUGACUGACCUACCGACUAUUUGGAGGCAAUCUUCUUUGGACGGUGUGAUUUGGGUAGUUAUUUUCAUAUCAGUUAUCGUACUAGAUUUAGUUUACGGCCUUGUAAUCGCUUUAGUUAUAGCAUUUUUGUCCAUUAUAUUGAUGAAUCAGAAGACAUACGUUUGUUUGCUGGGUCGAGUUCCUGAGAAAGAUUUGUAUUUGGAGAUGCAUAGAUACCUGACUGCCGAACCGAUACCAGGAAUCAUGAUAGUGCAGAUCUACGCGGGCUUACACUUCGCUAAUGUGAACGUUUGUCUAAAUAGAAUUGAAUAUCUCUUCAGGAAAACAAGUAAGGAGGGACCUGUGAAGGUUGUGAUAUUAGUGUUUUCAGCGGUCACAUUCAUAGAUCCAGAGGCCAUUAGAUAUUUGACUUUUCUUAUUGACAAGUUCAACAGCAAGGGAGUAAAAGUGUGUCUUGCGGAGUGCACAGGCCGAGUUUAUGAGCAAAUGCAGAGGUGCGAUUUCUUCAAUACAUUUCCAGUAAAUUGUUUGUUUCCCUCCACUGAAAAUGCUGUUGCUUAUCAUCAAGGAGAGAUGGCAACUAAUGAUGAUCAAGUAUGAAAAACAACUGGUGUUGUUUGAAAUUUGCAUGAUUAAUAUUGAACCUGAGGAUGUUUGGUUCAUGUACAGUCUAAGUCACAAAAUGUGUUA